AUGAAUAAUCCAAACAAAUCCUAUCUUCAAAUAUUUUGCUCAAUUCGAGCAACGGGAGCAACUGGAGCAACUGGAGUGACGGGAGCAACAGGAGCCACUGGAGCAGCUGGAAUGACGGGAGCAACAGGAGUAACAGUACGAUACCCCUCAAAUAUUUUCUUAACUAUACAACGAAUCUCAUGAGAUAGUAAUAUGAACGCAAGUCAUAUUGCAAAUGAACAGUUUGAAGGAUGGUAAUGGUCAAAUACUAUUUUCAGUGUAAAACCAAAUGCAUGAGGUACGGAUAUGGAUGCCGAUGACAUUGUAUUUCAAUAGUUCAUAGCAAGAUUGUUUUCAAAUAUAUACAUCAAUUGA